AUGACCAGUCGAACGUCGCGUUCAAUGCCAGCGGAGGUUUCGCGAGCGACAGCUGGGUCAUGGAUAGUGGCGCGUCAGCCACAUGUGCAAGGAUCGAGAUGCGUUCGAAGAGUACGAAGAAGUGCAUCACGCGCGAAGCAUUUCAAGCGCAAAGAGCGACGUGAAGCUGAAUGUCAUUGGACAUGGGACAGUGAAGCUGCGCGUCUGGACAGACCAUGCCUUAUCGACGCUAGCCUUGAGAACACACUUCACGUUCAAGAUUUGUCCAAGAACCUGUUUUCGCUCACGGCUGCGGCAGCCCACGGCAUGACAAUGGAGAUUACGCGCAACGCGUGCGUGGUGAAGCGUGGCGGCAAACCCGUCGCAACAGGAAGGAAGAAGGGGUUCCUAUUGUAUCUAAACGCUGACUAUGGUACGGAGUGCCACAUGGCUGAAGACGAUGCAGAGCUGUGGCAUAGAAGACUGGGCCACGUAUCGUAUGGUACGCUGAAUGCCAUGGUCAAGGACGGAAGGAUCAAGGGCGCAACGAUGAAGACGAAAGUUGCGUGUGACGUAUGCGCAACGUCAAAGCAAGUGCGCAAGUCAUUCAAGACAAGUGAAGAAGACGCUGAAACCAGUGAGAGUUUGCGUUCCGACGUGGUGGUGUGCUCCGACGUUCUCGGUCCUAUCACACCAGCGUCCAAGUCUGGUUUCAGUUACGCCGUAACCUUCAUCAUGAUGAAGAGCAGGUAUGUAACGGUCUAUCCGUUGCGAAAGAAUAGCAACGUUGCGAGUGCGUUCAAGCGGUUUUACCAAGAUAUCAAGACAGCAUCUGGAACGAAGAUAAAUGUGUUGCGGAGUGACAACGGCGGUGAAUACCGGAACAAAACGAUGAACAGCUUUUGCAAGGCAAAGUUCAUCAAGCAAGAGUUCAAGGUUCCGUACAACCCAGAGCAGAACGGGAUGGCGGAGCGGAUGAACCGCACGCUGGUGGAGAUGACGCGCUACAUGCUCAAGGAAAGCGGUCUCGAAAAGUCGUACUGGUGCGAGGCACUAAUGACAGCGGCAGACAUCAAAAACAUUCUGCCGAACGCGUCGAACAAGAACAUAAGCUCACACGAGAUGGUGUUAAAGAAGGUUCCGCGCAUCCGUCACAUGCGCAUAUUUGGUGCGCAAUGCUAUGCGCAUGAUCAAAAGGCGUAUCGGCUUCUUGACGCGGACGUUGGCUCAAUCGUGAUUUCAAGAAGCGUCACGUUCGCUGAGAAUUCUGUCUCGAAAAAAUCGAUAAGCAGAGACACGCGGGUGUUCGAUGUCAUUGAAGAAGAGGAAAGUGUGGAGGCGUCGCUACCCGAUGAUGAAGACAAACCAGCGCCGGUGACCGAAGAAGAGCUACGCACCCCACCACUUCGAGCGCAGAACAGCUCUCAUCCCGGACCAAGUGAUCGACCAAGCGACACCAUUCCUACGCGCGCAUCCAGCACACCCGGAAGAAAUGGAGAAGAAGAGCGGAUGGUACGACCGGUUCGGAAGAAGCGCGGCGUGGUUCGCUACGAUCAAGAAUUUCCAAGCCAUCGUCGCGGUCACUUCCAUUUGGACGACUACGAAGGUGACUUCGACUCUUUCUACUGUUUCUCGGCUGAAGAAGAUGGGGAACAAGCGUUCAGCUAUCAAGAAGGAAUGAAGAGCAGCUACAAGGAGCAGUGA